AUGAAGACCGCCUCCACCCCAGUCACUCUCACUGUUCUCCUGCUCGCCUCCGCCAGCAGCCUUGCGGCGCCCAUAGGUCAAGUCCAGCAGGGCAACCAGCCUGCCGUCCAGCUCAGGCAGCUACGAGGUACCGACGGAGGCGCUGUUGUCUUUGGCAGGUCCCAAGAUGAUCAGCCCCCGCCCGGCCUCCCCGCAUACGCUGGCAGCCUUCUCUUUGGCGGUGUCGACAGGAAUCCCCGCGGCAACACGGCAACACCAGACGGGCUUACGCUGACCAACGUAAGCGAAGGGGCAUUGGGCGAGAAGAAGUCAGGCGAGGGCAGUCCCAGUGAAGUGUCCAGUCCCAAGGGAGGGGUCGCUGGCGACCAAAGCCUGAAGAAGCAAGGCACUACCACCAAAGGUCUCGACAACGAGACAGCACCUCAGAAACAGGAGGCAAAGGAGGAGGAGGAUGGCAAGGAACAGCAAGAAGGAGGCCAGGAGAAAGACACGAAGACGAGUGUAGAGCAAGUUGAGAAGGAAAGUACAGGGGAGAAAGAUACCAAGAAGCAAGGCUCCCAGGCGCAGCAGGAGAGUAUCCAAAAAGAAGGCUCCGAGCAGGAGAACAGCAAGGAGGAAGGCACUGAACAGCGUCAGACAGACAAGCAAGGCUCUGAAGUAAGAGAUGCCAACUCGAAGAACACUGAGCAGGAGAAGACUACCAAGGGAGAGACCGAAAAAGAAGGGGACAAGAAGGAGGACAGUGACGAAGAGAAGAACAAAGAAGAGGGAAGCAAGACAGAAGGCUCCAAAGGAAAAGCAACGGAAAAAGAUGACGAUGAUGACAGCAAGAAGGAAAAGAAAAAGCAAGCCGACGAUGAUGAUGAUGGAAACACCAAAGAGGCAGAGACAGAGGAAGCAUCAGAGAAGAAGACGUCCAGCAAGGAAGGCACCAAGGCUGAAGACGCCAACACUGCGGAGGACAGCAGCAAGAAGGAGUCAGAGAAGGCAGAGAAGGCCUCCAAGGCGACAGCGGUCGAGGACCAAUCCGACAAGAAGGACGGCGGUCAGGAGAGCCCAAGCGCCAAGCCCGAGCUCCUCAAGAAGCGCUCCGUGCCACUCCGUCUUCGCAGCUACGACUACCAGCACGGCACCGGUCGUCGUAGCGACCCUGGAGAAGUUGGCGCACUGCUUCCACCCGGCAGGGGAGAGAGCGGAGGUCUGGGAGGGCCGGCAAGCUCGCUCACCGCUCGAGGGGGCCAAGACAUGGGCGAGAUCAGGGGCGCGGUCGGUAGGGCCGUACGAGGUCUGCAUCCUCACCCUUGA